UAUGGCGGCCAAUGUUGAACUUCUGAUUUCAGUCGCGGGUUAUGGAAUUUAUUAUAUGUUUUAAUAAUGUUAUUGUUACCCACAAUUUAGUGAAAAUCGUAAGAGAAUGAACUAUUUUUCGAUCUUUGGAGGUCACCACCCCUUGUAUUCAAGCACUAUAUGACAGGAGUCCAAAGGAUUUGUAUUAUAAAUAAGAAUGGAGGCAGAUGGCAUGCUUGCAAAGAAGGAACUUUUCAUCAGAUUCAUCAAAUUCAUCCGUCCCAUCGACCUGGUGGUUGUUAUCACUUCUGUUGUUGCAAUGUAUUUAUUUCGUCUGCGAGAUGGCUUCCAGUUGAAUCCAAUAUGGCAGCUUCAGAGAGAUUCUGGUGGUCUGAUGGGAACACAGAUCUUUCCAUUGAUCACAGAUUUAGAUGGUAACGGUUUGAAAGAGUUGAUAAUCGCAUCGGGAGAUAAGAUUGAAAUAUUUUCCUUUCAUUCUGACGAAUUUGACGAUGAACAUGAUGUUGAACGGGGAGAGAAAGAUGGCGAUACAACAAGUUCUGUUUUGUUCCAUUUACAUCAAAAGGCUACCCUCAGUUAUGGCGAAAUACUUGAAAGACAAAAGGAUACAACGCCGUCAUAUCCCAUUGCAAUGAACGCCGGAUGCAUUACCAGGUUGCAGAAAGGCAUCUGUUCACAGGUGCUCGCAAUUGCUUGGAGCGACUGGACGGUCACAUUGUUAUCGCAUCAGUUGAAAGUUCUCUGGAGGUCAAAACCAAUGGACAUAAAAUUUGAACCGAAAUUGCAAAUCACUGAAAUGAGUAUCUUUGUUGCCGCUGGCAAUAAAAGUGUUUUUGGAGAAGAUGGUUUGAUCAUUGUUGGUGGUGUUCUUAAUCUCAAGGAUCAUAAAACCAGUCAUGGUUCAGAGCAUGAUCAUUCCCAACGAGUUCAAAUGAAUCAAACCGCGGAGGAAAUCAGCCGCGAACGAGCUGGUGUUGAACCUCGAAAGGACGACACUCACACUUUCCCUCAUCUUCUUAAUCCUGCAUUGGCGAAGUUCGUCGGUCAUUUCACCAGUUAUGCAUUAGAUGCUGGAACGGGAAAGAUUAAGUGGAAACACGAACCUGGAGAUUUCGAAAUAAAGUCAGAAGAAAAAAAAGAAGAAGAAAAUUCGCUCCAUUUUAAACUUCGUUUGAAGAAGAAAGCCUUGCAUCGCGGUGAAGUUCAUUGGAGAAAAUACAGCCAAUCUUUCCUUAAACAUCUCCCAUUUUCUUGGGCUCACCGGACAGACACAAUAAUAAGUCUGGGUGAAUUCAGAAGAUCCGUUUUGAAACCUUCUAAAAGACCUGAAAGUCACAUACUUGAACAACUAAUGGUUCUAGCCAAGACGGGACUUCCUAAAUCGCAUCCAGAAACAAAGACCCAAGACCUCAAUGCGGUUAUAAUUCGACACAAUCGCGGAAUCGAGGUUCUUGAUUUGGGCAAAGGGAGCCCAAUAUGCUCGCUUCCUUUAGACGCGAGGCAUUCGACACUUGCAGAUGUUAACGGUGACGAAAAUAUCGAUUUGGCAAGGUUUCGGGUCUACGAAGUGGAUUCCAACACGUUCUGUUAUCUCGUUGUGUCAGACGCUUUUGUGACAUCGUCAGUGCUGUUCAAUUCGUCUGUGUGCAGUCCAUCUCAAGUCGUUGAUCUUUUUGGUGAUGUAAUUUCGUCGUCAAACGAAAAAAUCAGAAGUCUUCCACCGUUACUCACGAAAACUGUUCAACGCUCAUUCGGCAUCUUACGCCACGUGCUCGGACAUGGUUUGUCGCGACACCAUGUUGGCAUGGAUACCAUUGUGCUGACGUCAUCAGGAAAACUUACUGCGUUCGAACCAUCCGGGAGAUUUCUUUGGCAGGUUGACACCGGUAUUACGUGGUCCUUAACUGAGAGCUUCACUCCAAAUAUGAAAGCAGUCUCGUUGUCAUUGGAUGGAACACAGGACGGUGUCGUGAUCCUUGGAUCACAUGAGUUGGUGGUCGUAUCACUGGUUGAUGGUAGCAUAUUAACAUCCCAUUCCCUCCCCUGUGUUCCAACCCAACCGUUAGUGCUCGGUGACAUCAAUAAUGAUAUAAGUGAUGAAUUUCUCGUUCGUUGCAAUGACAGAUAUCUUGCAUUCAAUUUGGAGCGCUACAACCGGAUAGGCCUGACGUUACUUGUGUACAGCGGUGUGACAUGCGUGGUUUGUCUCGUCUUAUUCACAAUAAAGUUCAUAGAACGGGAAGAAUUUCCAUUCGAGGCAUUGGAUUACGCUUUGAAGGCGCUGAGAUAUUUCCCUUUACAAGGUACCGGGUUGUAAAUCUGUGAGCUCAGAAGUGAAGAUACGUGUUAACUUUGUGUGAAGAACUGCCGAUUUUUGGGCGCUGGGGUAAAAUUUAUCGAAGAUAAAAACCACGAAUUGUCGUUACUGGUGCAAGAGUUUUGUGCCCGCACAUACCGUACGAAAGUUUGUCCAUAUUUGACUUCGAAUCGAAGGAGAUACAUCGUAGGAAGUUUGUGUAUCUAAAUUAUCGAGGGGCAGAAACAUCGGUUGAUAUCGACGAAAACGAGUUGAGAUUUCAAAGUAAGAUUGAUUUCUAUUCGUUGUUGUGAAAUAUCUGGAUUUAAGCGUCAU